AGAGAGAGAGAGAGCGCUAAGGAGGAGGAAGAGUAUUAGAAGCAUAAAUCUGAAUUCUCUCGUUUGCCUCAAUCUCCUCUCCUUUUCACCCGUAUCGAAGGCAUAUGUUAUCGAUCAACGAUAACAAUUCUUAUCUCUGCUGCGGAAUUUUCUUUUGCCAACAGUUUCCAGGUGGCUUUCUCGGGAAUUCUCCAGAGAGAUGUUAAUUCUUUCCGUUUUCUGAAUCUUCGACGUGUUCAUUCUGAGCAAAACUCAAUUCGAUGCUCGGCCUCGUCUGCCUAGGGUUUCGUUUUGAGAUCCUGCGGGAUCUUCCAUGAAAUUUACGGUUCUAGGGCUCAAAGAUGCCGGAGGGUGCGACUUCGGAUAAGACCAUUUCGCUAUCUCCGACGAGCUCUCUGUCUGUGACCGAGACCGUUAAUGGCUCCCACAAGUUUGUAAUCCAAGGUUACUCCCUUGCGAAGGGAAUGGGGAUCGGCAAACACAUUGCGAGCGAUAAUUUCCACGUCGGAGGAUAUGAGUGGGCGAUAUAUUUCUAUCCUGAUGGUAAGAACCCCGAGGAUAAUUCAACCUAUGUUUCUGUUUUCAUUGCGUUGGCGAGUGAAGGCACGGAUGUCCGAGCACUUUUCGAGCUGACGCUUGUUGAUCAGAGCGGGAAGGGUAAGCAUAAGGUUCAUAGUCAUUUUGAUCGGUCUCUGGAGAGCGGUCCUUAUACCUUGAAGUAUCGAGGGAGUAUGUGGGGUUAUAAACGCUUCUUUAGAAGAGCCAUGCUUGAAUCUUCAGAUUUCCUCAAGGAUGAUUGCUUGAGAAUUAAUUGUACUGUCGGUGUUGUGGUUUCGGCAAUUGAUUCUUCAAGAUUACACUCAAUACAUGUCCCUGAUUCUGAUAUUGGAGCACAUUUUGGUAUGCUACUGGAGAAUCAGGAAGGUUCAGAUGUAAUUUUUGACGUAGCUGGGGAAAAAUUUCAUGCUCACAAGUUGGUGUUGGCUGCUCGAUCCCCUGUCUUCCGUGCUCAAUUUUUUGAUGGGUUGGAAGAAGAUAAGCAUGAAAUUGUCAUUACAGAUUUGGAACCCAAGGUCUUUAAGGCUAUGCUACUCUUUAUCUACAAGGAUACUGUGAUAGAAGAUGAGGAGUUGGUCUCAUCAAGUUCAUCUUGCAUAUCCUCUGUGUCUGAAACAUUAGCUGCAAAGUUGUUAGCUGCAGCUGACAAGUAUGGUUUGAUGAGACUUAGACUGAUAUGCGAGUCUUAUUUGUGCAAGGAUAUAUCUGUGAACUCUGUUGCCCAAACUCUUGCUUUGGCUGACCGUUAUCAUGCCAUGGAGCUAAAAGCUGUCUCUCUUAAAUUUGCUGCUGAAAAUCUUGGAGCUGUCAUUCGAUCAAAUGGGUUCGAGUACCUCAAAGAAAAUUGUCCAGCAUUGCAGUCAGAGCUCCUGAAGACAGUGGCAGGGUGUGAGGAGGAAUGUAGCAGUGGUGGGAAGAGCCGCAGUGUGUGGGCUCAGCUUUCUGAUGGUGAUGAUACUAAUGGCAGGAGGGUGAGGCAACGAACCUGAUAUGAUGUAAAAAUCUAGCUUGGGGAAACAUGGUCAUGUAAAAUGAUGGGAUUGGGGGGAGGGGUGAAGAACAUCCCUGGAAGAAAAAAUGAAAAUGUAGCCUUCAUCGAGUCAAUCCUUUGUCAUGAGUUUUUUGGAUGGAAAUGAUGAUGGUGUGAAUGUGAUGGCAAUGAACCGGGUUUUGUAGGUUUAACAGCUGCUGACAUCUAGAGAUAAAACUACCGACUGAAUUUGCCCUUUCAUUCA